AUUGUAUAGAAACGUCGAUGAGCCGUAACCUUGAUCAUUACCUUGAGGGUAUCUGAUAAUUGAUACGUAAAAGAUAUGCGAAAUUAUGCCAUGCCUACAGUAUAAACUUGCUUCAUCAUUCCUAUUGAGACCGACUUCUGUGCGUACGUCGCCACCAUGACUUCGGCAAAGAUUGAGUUUUCUGUAGAAAUGACAUGCGAUAAAUGUGUGCAAGCAGUGAAAAGCAGCUUGUCAAACGUUGAUGGCAUUGAAAAUAUUGAUGUGUCCUUGGAAAAUGGAACAGUCAUUGUGAAUACCACUUUGCCUUAUUCCUUGAUUCAAGAAAAAAUUGAGAACUCUGGCAGAAGAGCUGUUCUCAAAGGAUAUGGAGGCACUGAAGUGAGUGCAGUGGCAAUGUUAGGAGGAGAUUCUGGAUACAGUGUUGGUGAUCAGAUAAGAGGUGUAGUCAGAUUUGUGCAAGCAGGUGAUAAAUGUAUCAUAGAUGGUACUAUGGAUGGUCUGAAUCCAGGUCUACAUGGACUGCAUGUACACGAAUGUGGAGACAUUUCCAAAGGCUGUGAUAGUGUGGGAGACCAUUUCAAUCCGCAUAAUACACCUCAUGGAGGACCUGGAGAUGAUUCCACGCAGAGGCAUUCUGGGGACUUGGGAAACAUUCUUGCCGACAAAAGUGGUAGAGCAACAUUUAGAAUAGUCGAUGACGUACUCAGAAUCUGGGACAUUAUUGGGCGUUCAUUGGUAGUCACUGAUGGUGCAGAUGAUUUAGGAAAAGGAGGAAACCAACAAUCAAAGAUCGAUGGAAAUAGUGGAGCCAGAUUGACAUGCGGUAUAAUAGCUCGAGCCUCGGGGCUUUUCCAAAAUACUAAGAAAAUUUGUGCGUGUGACGGGGUCACGCUUUGGGAUGAAAGAGAUCGGUCUGUGGCAGGAUGGAAAAAUUCCCAAGGCAUCGCGAGCCCGAGUAAUACAGUAUGCGUAAUAUUAUAAUAUUUUUAGGUCAUAUUUCUUUUGCCAUGGUUGUAGGUUCCAUAAAUCCUCGCUUCUGAACUCUUCAAUAUCGUGCCUGUUGCAUGCAAUAUUUUGUUUAUCAGUUUCCAGGAUUUGUAAUUUUUACAGGCAAUUCAGCUAUUAUUUCAGAGACAUCUAUUCACGUAAAAAUGAAUUUUAUCAUUUCACAAAAAAUCUUUCUUAUGCAUUUCGUUAAAUUUUCUUUCUCAGUAGAACGCUGACUUUAUUCCAGCUUGCUUCAUCGUCUCAUCAAUUUUCAAAUCUAUUGCAUAUUUAAUUCAUGAAUCAUUGAUCAAUUUUGUUUUCAGUGAGCUGAAUCAAAAUGUAUAUUUAUUAAAGAAACAAGAUGGUUUUCUGUGCUUAAUCGGAACCAACGGGCAAAGGGUAAUGAAAUUUACAUUUAAACUCUGAAAAAAGGUAUUUUUUACUGAAUUACUUUCAUUUAUGUCAAUGAGGGAAGAACUGUUGUGUAUUAAAAAUAUUUCUUAACAUUUAAGUAUGAACGUUUGUAUGAGCGAUCAUCUUACAUUGCUAUAGUCAAAUAACAUUGUGAUUGUAAUUUUAUAAUUUUUUCUAAAAAAUUAAAAGUGUUUCUGAAUAGCACCAAAUAAAUUUUUCGGAUAACGAAUAAUAAUGUUGAUUCUAUGAUGAAUCGAACUCAGAGGUGCAGUUUUUUUGAUUAUAGAGCCAGGUAAAAUUCAUCGCUGGCAGAACUGUACUUAUCACUGCACUAUUGAGCCUUCGAGAAUGCUUAAAAUUUCCAAUACUCAGCAGAUGAGAGGUGAAUUUUUCAGUUUAUAUCGAUAGAAAAUAAUAGAACAAUAAUUUUUUUCCAAAGAAUAAGUUUAUUUGAGUACUUAAUUGUUAAUUACAAAUUUGAUAAAAAGCAGGUCCUUUGUCUCAUGUUUCUUUUUAGACGCACGAAAUUAUGACUUCAUUAUAAUGAUCACCAUCAAAUGUAAUAAUACAAAGUUCAGAAAUCUUUCUGAUAGAUUCGGUAAUAUAUACAUUGAAUUGUGGCCAUAACUUAAGCAUCUUUCUGUCUGAGAAGGAGUCAAAGAACUACAAUAAUUUAGUGCGAAUACGAACUCACAACUUGUUUUUAUAUUUAUGUAUCACUUCAAUGUAAGGAAUGAUCGACAUGUGAUUUCAGUACUAAAUGUCAUCGAAUUAGUUUGGAAAAUUGAAAAAGUGGAGAAAUACCCUUUCUCCGUUAACAUUUGAACGUAACAAAAAAAAUUGUCCUUUUUUGCUAUAACUAACGAGCUUAGGGCGUGAUAUUCAAUUAACGGAAGGCAGUCAAACAAAAAUGUCGUAAACGCCGUGAACUUGUGCAGAAAAAAAGCGUACUGUGAAUUAGUUGUACAAAAAAAGUUAUAAAUUAUCAAC